CAUAAACGCAUGCGAUUUUUGUUAAUCUCCUCAGUUCGUGGAGAAGUUUCACGGCUCUGCAAAAAGCCGAAAACACCAUGAAGGACUUCGCCGGGCUGGACCACCUGUUCGUGGUGUCCUUCCUGUUUUACUUCUCGUACAUGGUGAUCCCGGCGAUCACCGACGUCACCAUGGAGGCCGUCUGCCCCGGGCGCGACGAGUGCUCCGUCGCCAUCUACCUCAGCGGCUUCCAGAACGCAGUCACCGGGGUGGGAGCGCUAGUGGUGACCCCGAUCGUCGGGAACCUGUCGGACAGGUACGGCCGGAAGGCGCUGAUGACGCUGCCGGUGACCAUGGCCAUCGUGCCGCUGUUUGUUUUGGCGUGCAACCGCUCGGAGGUGUACUUCUACGUGUACUACGUGGCGAAGAUCGUGUCCGGGAUCUUCUGCGAGGGCACCAUGCAUUGCCUCUGCUUUGCCUACGUGGCGGACCACGUGGGGCCCAGCCGUCGCGCGGCGGCGUUCGGUCUCCUCUCCGGUGUGUCGGCGGCCGGGUUCCUCUCGGGGACCCUGACCGCGCGCUUCCUCACGACCUCUUCCACCUUCCAGGUCGCCGCCGCCGUCGCUACAGCGGCCGCGCUUUACCUCAGGGUUUUCCUACCGGACUCCGGCGGCACAUCCUGCGUUGACGAAGCCUGCGAUCCGCUCCUCCAGCCUUCAUCUUGCACCUCCUCCACCUCGUCUUCCGCUUCGUCCUCCGAUGAAGAGCUCUCGCCGAGGCUGCCGCCGCCGCAGAAGGGCGGGCUGCCGUCCGUAUCCGACAUGGUCGCGCUUCUCACUGGCAGUUUGACCUUGUCAGGGGCAGCAACCAUCACUUUCUUCUACAGUCUAGGUGAACAUGGACUUCAGACAGCAUUGCUGUACUACCUGAAGGCACAAUUUGGUUACAGCAAAGAUGAGUUUGCUAAUCUACUUCUAAUUGUUGGUGCUGCUGGAAUGCUAUCACAGCUAACUGUAAUGCCUAUCUUGGCUCCAAUUCUGGGUGAAGAGAUACUUCUUAUUGUCGGGCUGCUAGGAGGAUGUACUCAUGUUUUCUUGUAUGGCAUCGCAUGGUCAUACUGGGUACCCUAUUUGUCUGCAGCAUUUGUAAUUUUGAGUGCUUUUGUUCACCCAUCGAUAAGAACCAACGUAUCAAAAAAUGUCGCAUCAAAUGAGCAGGGAAUUGCUCAAGGAUGUAUAUCUGGGAUUAGUUCUUUUGGCAGCAUACUAGGUCCCCUCAUUUUCACUCCCUUGACUGCGUGGUUCCUUUCUGAAACAGGGCCCUUCAACUUUAAAGGUUUCAGUAUUUUGUGUGCCGGCUUGUGCACCCUCAUUGCGUUUAUUAUCAGUUUGAGGAUGCGUGGGGCUCAAUCUAGUGCAUCCAAGAAGAGCACCGUUGAGCAUGAGCAAGCAUGACAUGGUAUAGUGCCGUCUACUGGGUUUUCAUUCUGUCCAUGUACAUAGAUAGAAAAGGACUGGAUGAAAGAAGGUAAACUGAAGCUAAAAAAAAAGAUAUAAUGUGGCAAACUGCUGGAGAAACAUGCUCGAUUUGGAAUAGUUCCAGGAGAAGGAAUUGGCCUAUCAACUAGGCAUUUUAUCCUUCACUAGAAUGUUGCGUAUUGAAAAUUGAAAAUUGCCACGCGUCGAGCAAGUUCAGUCGUGUUGUAAAUUUGCUGCUAGUAGCACGUACUGAACUACUGCAUCUUCUGCCUGUUGCUUCACUGCUUCAGAGUGUCCAUGAACAACACUCUAUGGAAGCAGUUCACAAAGAACGUGAAUCACUGAUCAGUUAAGUUGCUUAUCAAGUUUUACGUGCAUGUUCGUGUGA